AUGGCGUCUGUGUCAUCCGUUCCGCUGCACGACCUGGCUCCGCUACUCCUACGUCGCGAGCGGCAAUGCAGCGAUAUCGACGUGGACUUGCUGGCUGACGCUUUGCGUGGAGGUCGCGAGGUCAAUCGCCGUCGCAAAUUGAUGGUGGAGUUGGUGCGUCGUCAUCCAAAGGCUUAUCACUAUAUCAAGCUAGUGCAAGAUCAACGCAUCGACGACCCACGCGACCAGGAGGAAUUGUACGUGGCAUUGGGCGAGCGUUUGCCACUCGAAGUGCAUCGUGCCAUGUUCAUCCCGACGCUCGAGAACCAAGCGGACAAUGGGCAACAAGCCAAGUGGUUGCCGCUUGCUAGAGGCUACAAGAUUAUAGAAACCACGGCAGUGUACGACAAGGAGACGCAGACUUUCAUCCUCAACUCUCCAACGUUGACGAGUCGAAAAUGGUGGCCAGGAGGUCUAGGCAAGACCGCGACGCAUGCCAUUGUACAUGCCAAGCUACAGAUUGACGGAGACGACGAAGGUGUCCAGGCAUUCAUUGUGCAUUUAAGGUCAUUGGAGGACCACUCUCCUCUACCUGGGAUUGAGCUGGGGGAUAUCGGACCGAAGGUGCGUUUCAAGUCGCUGGACAACGGAUACGCAGUCUUCCGUAACGUGAGAAUCCCACGACGAAACAUGCUCAUGAAGUAUGCAAAAGUGCGGAAAGAUGGCACGUUCAUCAAGCCCAAGAACUCCAAACUGGUGUACUUGACCAUGACACAAGUACGAGCUUAUUUGAUCUUAAAACUGAGCUUCGUUCUAGGAGCAGCGACGACGAUCACGACGCGAUUCAGCGCUGCUCGUGUGCAAGGAAAGAAAGUGACGAGCAGUGAUGACAUGAUCAAGGAGUAUCAGGUGUUGGACUACCAGAACCAACAGCACGUGCUUCUACCGUUGCUAUCACUGGCCUAUGCUGCCAAUUUCGCUGGUAGAGCGAUAACAGCACUGCAUGACGACACAUUGGACUUAAGAUCCACGCGAUAUCUUCUGGUUUGA